CUAUAAGUAGACUAAGGUGGCUGAUGCUCAGCAAAAUUUUCCAACAUGGAACAGUAGGUCUAGUAGGCAGGCCAAAUCACACAUGGGUCUUUAGGCAAGCGCCUAUUUGCAACUGGGAGUGACUCACUCAAGGCUAUUUGAUCGUCAUUCUCCUGAAACCUAGCGAAGGAAAAAAAAUAUGGAAUUCACAGUAGGCCUAGGCUACAUCUUACAUGAUCAACGUUGAGUUGUUUUCUUCCAAAUAUAACCGCCUGCGCGAGCGCAGGGAAAUCGAAUACAGUGGCCUGUGUUAAACAGCUGGACAAAAAACCGAGCUUGUAGGUAAAUUAGGAACGUUGUGUCUUCCAUUCAACCAAUUGGUCCCGAAAGAAGAGGAUGUGGAGAGACCACAAUGUAGUGAGUGGCAAAUGUUAAUGCGUCAACAGGGAAAACGUUCAAACAAACAGAUGGAUAUCCAACAAAAGAAAAAACUCUCAUUUAUUACCAUUGGAUUAAUAUUCCUUUUGAGUGGGAUUGAGUAUGCUGUCAUCCUCCCCACAAUAUGGAUGUAUCUUCAGAUACUUGAUGCCCCACCAUACUUCUUAGGUUUGGGUCUAUCAGCAUUCAGUUUAAGUGGAUUGUUGUCAGGACCCCUAUUUGGCCACUGGUCCGACCGGACUCGUAAAACAAAGACCAUCCUCCUCCUCUCCAAUGUCUUUGAGAUAAUAGGUAAUUUCAUGUAUUUUAUUGGUUAUUCGAAGUGGCUGUUGUUGUCAAGCCGACUUGUUGCAGGUAUUGGUGCAGGAGCGGGCUCCUCCAUCUUUGGGUACCUGACACGCAACACUGUCUCAGGGGACCGCGCUCAGGUCUUCGCUGCUGUCAUGGCAUGCCGCCAGGCCGGGCUCCUGAUUGGUCCAGCUUUCAACAUCUUUCUGAGGCUAUGUGAUUUUAAACUUGGGCCCUUUGUGGUGAACAAGUACACUUCACCUGGGCUCUUCAUGUGUGGGAUGUGGCUGCUGCUGCAGCUGGCGGUGGCCCUGCUGUACUGGGACCUGCCCCCCGCGGAGAGCAGCGAGCUCCAGACGGUGGUCCGACCAAAGCAGCGGGGCGAUGAGGAGGAGGAAGAGGAGCCGCUAAUGGGUGCCGAGGAGGAGCCGUCGGACACCUACGGUGCUGUCAUCAUCGAUCCCGAGCAGUCGGAGACGCGGUGUUCCCCCAGACGCCUCUCCCCUCCUCCACCCUCGCCCGCUUCCCCGAAGGCUGAAGAGCCCGAUCCCUUUGAAGACUUCAGCGCCAGGAAAGAGUUCCUGAGAGAAGAGGUAAUAGUGCUCCUCACAGCCCAAUUUAUAACACUCUUCAACCAGACUGCAUUGGAGACGAUGGUGACCCCGUUGACCCAGCGCUACUUUGGCUUCGGGGAGCUUGGCAACAGCGUGAUGUACAGCCUCUGUGGGGUGGAGGUGAUACUGGGCUUCUUCUUUGUGCGUUGGCUGAGCUGUCGGGUGGCCGAUCGCAUGGUGUUGGCCGUUGGGCUGGUCAUCUGUGCCGUGGCCUGCGUCUGGUGCCUCCUGUUCCUGGCCAAACCACGAGGGGGUUACUCAGUGGAGCUGUCCGAGUUCGGCAUUGGAGUGUUCCUGCAGCUGCUUGGGCUCCCGUUUGUGGCCGUUGCCCAGGUGACCCUCUUCUCCAAAGUCACGGCAGAGAAGACACAAGGCUUUAGUCAGGGUGUGAGGCGCUCCAUAGGAGGAGUGGCCACCAUCCUGGGCCCUCUGUGGGCAGGAGGGCUCACCGGGAACCUCUAUCUGAUGCUGGGCAUGAUGAUGGCCCUCCUCCUGCUCGUCAUGGUGAUGGUGGUGCUCUCCUAUGAGCGCUUGGUGGAGCCCCCUGUGGUCCAUCACGCCUCCGACAGCACGGAGAGUGAAGGCUAGAGCAGCGCGCUCACAGAAAGUCAGAGGGGAAAGUGUUCUCUGUGUGCGUGGCGUCCCUCUGCCCUGCAGACUGCCGCGGGGCUCCGUGUGUCUGGGGUGGGCGGGACGGUCUGGAGGUGAGCAGAUGCCGGAGCCAUGGGAGGCGAGAGCUUCCCAGUACGCCAGAGGUACCCCGACUCUCAGGGUUGCCCCAGUGCCCAGCACAGUCCAGAGCUGUGGUGAAUGCCCCCGCAGCCAAACAUUCACAGCACUUUACUGAUACCGGCAUUUUAAGGAUUUAUUUAUUCCUGUCUUUUCACAAGUCUUCCCAGAGCAAUUUGUAAUGGUCAUUUUAUUAUUUUAUAUUUCAUAGCAUCUAGUCUGUGAUUAAAUAGCCUUAUAUAUAUAUAUAUAUAUAUAUAGAUCUGUUAAAC